UGGUAUCAAUUGAGCGCGUGCACGUGCCUGUGUGAGUGUGCGCGCGCGCGCCUGGGUGCUACGGCUGCUGCCGCCGCCGCCGCUGCUGCUGCUGCUGCUUGUCACUCAUUGUUGCGCGCACACGGGCAGCGACGAGGAGCACCGAGCGAAAGCCGCCCGCUGGCUGUUGUUGUUUACCAGCUUUUUAUAUAAAACCAGGAGAAUAUCCGUGACUCCUUCUUAAAGAUGCUUCAAAUAAGGGACAUCCUCUGGGGAUUCCUCUACAUCGCCUGCGCAGCUGCCAUCCAGGUGCAGGUCACUCCGACACACAGGGAGAUCAGCGUGGGCGAGUCCAAGUUUUUCCUCUGCGAAGUGGUGGGAGACGCCAAAGACAUCGACUGGUUCGCCCCCAACGGCGAAAAGAUACUGCCAAACAACCCCAACGUCCAAGUGAACCGCAACGACGAAACCACCUCCACCCUCACCAUCUACCACGCCGACGUGGACGACGCCGGCAUCUACAAGUGCGUGGCGAAGAGCGGCGACAAGGAAGCCCAAGCCACGGUGCAAGUCAAGAUCUUUCAAAAGAUCACCUUUAAGAAUGUUCCCAGUCCGCAAGAGUUCAACGAGGGCGAUGAUGCCGACAUUAUCUGCGAUGUGGUCGGCUCGCCGGUCCCCUUCAUCCUUUGGAAGCAUAAAGGUGUCAGGAUCCAGUCCAACAAAGACGUGCGAUACAACGUGAUGGAUAACGGCCACCUGCUGAUUCGCGGCAUCAAGAAGACGGACGAGGGCGCGUACAACUGCGAGGCGCGCGUCAUGGAGACCGGCGAGAUCAACUUCAAAAUGAUCUACGUCGUCGUUAACGUCCUUCCAACCAUCCGUGCCAGGCAGUCCGAGGUCAAUGCCACCGCCGACAUGGGCGUCUCCAUCCUCCUGGCCUGCGAUGCCGACGGUUUCCCCGAACCCGCCGUCACAUGGGCCUACAACAACGUCAUCCUCAAGUCAGGCGAUAAGUACAGUCUGAAUGAGGACGGCUCCGAGCUGGUGAUAAAAGAUGUCAUCAAAGUGGAUGAAGGAGAUUACACCUGCAUCGCCCGGAACAAGGCAGGCGAGAUGAGCCAGGAAGUCAGUCUCAAUGUGUUUGUGCAAGCUAAGAUUACCUACCUGAACAACGAAACGGCGAUAGAGUUUGACGAUGAAGUCACGCUGACCUGCGAGGCCUCGGGUGACCCGACGCCCUCCAUCUCGUGGAGCUUCCAAAACAGGAUGUUCUCCGAAGGGGAGCAGGCUUCGUGGACGCGACCCGACCAAUAUGAGAGCCACGACAGAAACAUCGUCGUCCGCAGCCACGCCCGGGUGUCGUCCCUCCUCUUGAAAAAUGUCGACUACACGCACGCCGGACAGUACCUGUGCACCGCCAGCAACUCCAUCGGUCAGGACAACCAGCCUGUGUACCUGGAGGUUCGCUACGCGCCAAAAAUUCACGGAGAGGUGGCGGUGUACACGUGGGAAGGAAACCCGGCCAAUAUCAGCUGCGAGGUGGAGGCCCACCCGGGGGCUUCUGUCACCUGGUUCCGAGACGGCCUCCAGGUACCCGCUGUCAACACCACCAACGUGAAGAUCUACAGCAAGCAGAGCAACAGCUACCUCCAGGUUUCCCCGGAAUCUCAGAGCGACUUUGGGAGCUACAACUGCACGGCAACCAAUGCGAUGGGUACCGAGUCUAAGGAGUUUCUCCUCAUCCAAGCAGAAGUGCCAUCAUCGCCAAAGAUCCAACGCGUUGAGCCUUUCUCCAGCUCAGCUGUGGUGGAGUUUAACGAGCCUGACUCUUUCGGAGGCGUACCCAUCAUCAAAUAUCUGGUAGAAUGGCGCUUGGAUGGCCACGGCUGGACUGGAAAGGAGUACGACGCCACAGAAGACUUGACCAGCAUCACCAUCGUGGGCCUGACGCCGGACACCAUCUACGAGGUCAAGAUGUCCGCCGUCAACGGCAAAGGCGAAAGCGAGAGCAGCGCGGCCGUCAAGUUCAAGACCGGACCGAUCCCGUCCUCGGAGGCUCCGCCCCUUAUUGUCACCACCAGUAUCGCCCUUAGGGAACCCAGCGCCCCCAAGCUGGAGGCCAUGGUUCAAAAUCAGGGCAAUGCUCUGAAGGUCAACUGGAUCAAGCAGGACGACGGCGGUUCCCCGAUUAAGCAUUACCUGGUCCGAUACAAGGCUAAGCACGUGUCCGACUGGAAGCCGGAGAUCCGCAUGCCGCACGGCAGCGAGUACGUGGUGUUGGGCGGACUGGACUGGAACACUGAAUACGAGGUCCGCGUUGUGGCUGUCAAUCAGAAGGGCAAAUCCGAGCCCGGCAUCCUGUCCUUCAGAACAGCCACAGAACCCACCACCAUGCCAGGCGCCUCAGGCUCUGGCCUGAGCACGGGCGCCAUCGUGGGCAUCCUCAUCGUGGUCUUUUUCGCGCUGCUGGUUGCCGUGGACGUCACUUGCUACUUCCUCAACAAGUGCGGCCUACUCAUGUGCAUUGCCGUCAACUUCUGCGGGAAAGCCGGUCCGGGAGCCAAGAGCAAGGACAUGGAGGAGGGCAAGGCCAACUUCACGAAGGAUGAGUCCAAGGAGCCCAUUGUUGAGGUGAGAACGGAGGAGGAGCCAACACAGAACCAGGAAGGAGUGGGACCCGCGGAGCCCAAUGAGACCACGCCUCUGACAGAACCUGAGUCCAACGCUGCCACCCCGCUGGUAAGCGCGCUCCACUCCAAUGCGACUAAUUCGGUCGCAGAGAGCUUUAGCGCGGCGCAGAUCAGCCCGGCCCACCCCCCCACCCCCGCCAAAGACCACCCCCUGAAAAGCAGCCCCGCCGCACAGUCGAGCACGGUCGAAAGCCAACCCAACGUUGGCCCUCUGGUUGACCUGAGCGACGCUCCUAACGCCAAACCCGUCACAGAGCCAAUCAGGGCGAACGGCGAGCGGCCGCAGAAGCAAUCCGAGGCCCCAGAGAGCCCCAAAAGUCAAGUAGACGGCCCGAUUAAGGACGCACCUCACACCCUGUGCACAGAUGCCACCACGUACCCCCAAAAUGACAAAAAAACAAAGGACGACGUCAAGACGGAGGCCAACAACACCGCCGUCGAGGUGAAGACGGUCCCCAACGAGGCGCCCCAGACCAACGGCAACGAGAGCAAAGCGUAAUUGGGAAGGUCGAGAGGGUCGGGGGUUGGUUUUGAGGGUUGGGGGAUGGGGAGGGGGGGCUGGGUUUUUGGGUCACAGUCACUGAAAUCUCGACAAUUUUUACACGGUGAGCCUGCCGUCCCAACGGAAAAGCGAAACGGUUCAAGCGGUAAUGAAAACGGGGCAUCUCGUCUUUUUUGGUGUCUUCGGACCAACAAUACGGAAAGACUUUGAUGCAACAUGCCUUACAAUCGGUCACUUUUUAAAAAGAAACUUUUCGAGGCAACUGCCUGCUCGCAGCGAUGCGUGUGAGGGCCGCGCUGAAAUGGGAGUGGGGAAACAAAAUCGUCAAAAUGUUUAAACAAAACAAAAAAAAAUGUUACAGGAAUAAAAUCCUUGUACAAGUUGUAAUACCGUGAGUUUAAAAAAAAGGCAUCGUGUUAUAAGAACAAAGUCAUCAUUUCACGAGAAAGUUGUCAGAAUUUGACUAUCGUGAAGUUAUAAUUUCUCAAUAAAUAAGACAUAAUAUGAGAAAAUAGUGACAAUUUUACAAAAGUACAUUAGGUGUCCUAAAAAAAAAAAGUCACCAUUCAACAAGAAAAAAAAUAAAAAGCAUAAGAAAAUGUAUGAGAAUGCGGAAAAUAGUUGCACGUGAAAAAAUUGUGACAAUGGAAAAAGUUUUUUUUUUCAGUGACAAUUAAAAAUUUGUAAUAUCACAGUGAGUGAGAGUUUUUAUGUAAAAAAUAAUGUGAGGUGUCUAAAGAAAAGAAAUCAUCACUGUUCAAGGCAAAUCACAAUUUUAAAUGGAAAAAAAAAAUCUCAUGUCUCCGAAAAAAAAUUUAACAUGAAGACGUUUCAUCAUUUGGAUUUUUUGCGUUUGCAUAAAGAAUAAGACGAAGCCAAUUGUUUCCCCCUUGUGAUAUUACAACCUAAAUUUCGUCAAAUUGCAACUUUGGCGUCCAGCUAUUGUGCGUUUUUUUUUUUCCACGUACGUUUACUUUUCAGUUUUUCUUUUCUGCGUGGCCCUGUAAUGCUCCGUCGCACCACCACAAAGACCAACAAGAGUCGAUAUUAUUUGACCGUGUCGGACUGUAGCUUUAUUUUCACUGACGACAGCCUUCACGAAAAAGAAAAAAAAGGAGAAAAACAAAACAAAAAAAAAAGCUUUGCUGUAUUUACGUCAUUUGUGUGACUUGGGAUUGUGGCUCUUAUUGCCCUUUUGUUGUUGUUCAUGAAUUCAUGUACAUUAUUGCCUCUUUAGUUUUUUUUUUUUUCGGAUUUAGUCUUUAAGAGUUAGCAUGCCAGUUUUUGGGGAGGGGGUGAGGGGGGGCGCUGUUUCGGGUUUUGGGUUUUUUUUUUUGCAAAGUUACUGUAUUUCUGUACAUGUUGCUGUCAUUGGGUUCUUAUUGUGAUAAUGUUAUUAUAUGAUUUAUUUUCAAGAAUUUCAACAUCGUAUGAUCCUUUAAAAAAAAAAAAAAAAAGAUCCGCAAAACCUUUUACAAU